UUACCUUCUUGUUUCAAUGUGCAUUAUCGGGGAAGACAAUAACCUUUUAGACGCCAGAUAUUCUCUCCAUCUCGUACAUCAAGAGCGAACUAUGGGAGAACUGACCCCUGACUUCUUUCCAAACAUAAAUGACAAAUAUAAUGGUGAAGCUUUUUACAAAUGGAUGAUGAGCAAAGAAUACAGAGAAUAUGUUCAUAUUCCCAAAUUCAAUGUUAGCUGCAGUGCUAAUGGUCAGCUUGUCAGCUAUAAUCCUAGUGAUCCUGAUUAUAUUGAUCAAAGCAACCCAACCAACAAUCCUGAAGAAGUUAUCAAUGUUGAACACAAUCCUUAUAGAUAUACAAAAAAUUAUAUUACAUAUACAGAAGAAGGUGGAUUUUUUUUUUCACUAUCUGAUAUUUACAUUGAAUAUCUAUUAAAUGGGAUAUGGUGGAAUAGAAAUAGAAAAAACACAUGUUUAAAUGUCUUUGACUCUAGGCAUAGCCGAUUAGCUCGAUCUGAACGAAAACUCCAAUAUAGUCUGUCAGGAUAUAAUGCACUGUUUAUUUACACCAAAGUUCAUAUGAAGACUCUUCUUUACAUUAAUGGCAAAAAAGUCGGUGAGCAAGCACAGAUUAAGCUUGGUAACUUUAUUCUUUCCGGGGGUCAGAAGUAUUCUAAGGAUGGUCACGGAAAUUUAGCUCCUAGGGGUCAGGAUUUAAUAUGGAACGGAAAAGUCUAA